UCAACCAGCCCUCACCAAAUGCUUGCUAUUGCCAGGUGAGCAGCUCCUUCAGCCAAGGUCAAGCUCUGCAUUGGCUUCAGCCAGGAUGUCUGCGAAGUUGUCCAUGGCGGCCUCUAAGAGCAAGACCAGCAACAGAAGUAGACGCCAAGAAGGCAGACCUACCGUCUCUCUCGUAGCAGCAUCGCCUGAGCCCGAGAAGGUGCCAGCGGGUACAGUCAGGUGGACGCUGAACAGCGGCCCAGGUUCCAGGAGCAACAGUCCCCCUCCAGCUGUGGCAGCACACCUGGGGAAAAAGGCGCAGAGACAAAGAAAGGGUAACCUUGGAGCUGGGAGCUUCAAGUCCAAGGUGUCUCUUUCAGGUACCAGGGACAGAAACCCACCACGAAUUAAGUUAAAGAUCAGAGAUCCCGGAAAUGUCCCCAGCUCUCCGGUCAAUCCUUUCCGCGUCCCUGAAGACAUGGAUUUCUUCUUGCUCAGAGAGCAGGAGCGGAAGAGGGCUUUCUUAGAGCGAGAGCAGAAGAAGGUGAUGCGGGUACACGAGAAGAUGACCUACUCCUCCAUGAUGUCGGCCAAGCACAGCCGCAUGCGGCGGGAGCUGCAGCUGGAGGACAAGGCCGAGGAGCAGGAGCUGCAUGAGAAGGUGGAAGAGCUGCGUGCCUUGCCCAACAUCUCCUGGAAGCUCGCUGUGACCAAAGAAAAGAAGAUGCGAUCUGACAGCAUCAGGAACUACAUCACACAACAGCGUGAGAUGUCACUCAUCCAGUAUGCCCUGGACAUGAAGCACCGAGAGAUUCAGCGACUAGAGAUGGUUGCCAACAAGGAGGAGGCCAGGCUGGCGCAGGCUGAGAAGGCCCUGGAGAAAGACAAGUCCCUCUUUGACGAGUUCCUCAGAGAGAAUGACCAGAGUUGCAUGCAGGCCAUUAAUGAGGCUGAGAAGGAGACCAAAACCAAGAUGGAGAAAAUCCUUGAGAUGCAAGAACUCACCACUCAGAUCACCAACAUCAAGAGCGAAAUCUCCAAAGUGGAAGACAUGCUGCAACAGUAUAAGGGAUACAAGGACUUCCUAUAUAAGCUGUCGCCCAAAGAGUGGCUGGAAGAGCAGGAGAAGAAGCGCUUGGCUCUCAGGAAGGCCAAGGAGGCUGCCGCUGAGCGAGCUAAAGAGAGCAGUGCAGGACCAGGCAGCAAAGGCCAGGCAACGUCCCUGUGGACCCGAGAUACCCAGAGCACAAAAAAACCUUCCAAGUUUCUGCAGGUGGCAAGGCUGGGGCAACUCCUGGCCAAAAGUGUCAACCAGAUGAGCACGCAUGCCGAGCUGGAAUCCAACAAGCCAACCCCGGGUGUCACCCCACAAGAGGACACUGACAGUGACAGGGAGGAGCUGCCACUGUACUUCACGGAGCCCCAGCAACUCCUGGAUGAGUUCAUCCAGCUGGAGGAGCAGAACCUGUCACUGAUUCAGAACCGCCAGGAGAUGGAGGAGACCCUGGAGGAGCUGAGCCUCAGCCUCAGGAACACACAGCUGCGCAUGGACAGGGAGGUCAGCCAGCUGAAGCAGCUGAUCAGCACGUUAACCAGGUCCAUUACCAAGGAGGAGGAGACGGCUGCCGAGUUGGAACUCAAAUCCCGGGUCUUUCACUUCGGGGAGUACAUGGGUGACGAGCAGGACAAGCUGUUGGAGAGUUUGAACCGCAAGGUGCUGGAUGUGUACCACCACUGCAUCGGCAGCCAGCAGGAAUCCAACCUGAGCACAGUGCAAAUGCUGGCCAUCAUCGAGCACCAGCUCAAUGAGCUGCUCGAGAACCUGGAGCGGGUGCCCCAGGCCAAGGUCGAGCAGGUGGAGAAGGCCAAGGAGAAGGAACGGCGUCUCAGACUGCGAGAAGAGAAGGUCAUGAUGCAGAAACAGCUACAGGAGGAGCGCCUGCAGCGGGCCCAGGCCCGGGCCCAGGCCGAGAUCAAGAAGAAAAAAGGCCGAAAGCUGUUGUCCCGCUCCCACCCACCAGUUGCCAAAGUCAAGGGCUCCAAGAAGCACAGGCUGACAGAUGAAGAACAGGAUGAAGAGCUGCUCUUUUUCUUCACAUAACCAGCCCGGGGCUAUGACUGCUUUGGCUGAGGGCCCAGAAAAGUCAUCAGCAGUGCAAGCAGAGACCGGACUACGUCUCUGCUGGCCUGUCAUUCCCCCAGCUUCCCUCUGUACCCUGCCCUGCCCAUCCGGGAAUAC